CGAGGAUAAAGUAAGUUACAUUCAUUUCAUAAAUAAAACUAACUCAUCCUAUCGUGGCGGGGCAACGAUAGCGAUAAUGACAAUGGAACACGGUUGUUCCAUUUCACACUCCUCGUGCCGCAUAUGACUUCACACAUGUUUAACUUAGCGCCGAUUGUUUGUUUUUUUCUGCAUGACCAUGAGCUACUCAAUACAUCAGUAGGCCAGGGUAUGACCGACAAUUUGUUCAACCCAUUGGUUUUCACUGAAAAUUUGUUAUAUAUGUAGUUAACACAUCUGUAACAUUUUGGGCGAUUUUUUUUACAACCAAUAUUGGGGUUUUGGGCUGGAGCAAUUGUGAAUGUAAAUUACUUUAUUCUCGCGUGGUCGGGAAACGCGGCUGUUCAUUUACCUCGUGCUAGCGUACGAGUUACCAUGCAUGGUACUUUGUGGGUGACUUUUUUGUGUUUUUUUUAUGCAUGGCUGGUAAUUUGGAGAACCCAUUAGAGACCACUAAGUUGAAUCAAUUGCCGUUAAGUGUCUCACCCAAGGACACAUACGCCCACAAUGGUAGCAGCGACGAGACUUGAACCCAUUACCUCUAGACUCUAGAGGCAGGCGCGCUAACAACUUUGCCAUGAACCCGGACAAUUGUCGUUCAGUGUUGCGCAAAAGAAUAUAUAGGCCUACACGUUUGCAGCGUCGAACCCGUAUUCCCUGUUCUAGAGGUAAACCACUGCGUCAACGCGCUGAAUGUUAAAUUUAAUUUGCGACUGUUUGCUCCCUAGUCAUCUAUGACUACCUCAUCACACUAUACGAUGAUCAAAACAAGUCGAGGAGCAAAUCCGUCACUUUGAAUUAGUUUGUUAGGCGGUUAGAGAGGCCUUUGUCUGAACUGUGUUAAAGUAUGCACAACCUCGACCUUUUGUGCUAGAAUAGAACAGUUAACUCUAACAACAAAAGACCAUUUAAAGACUUUUUAGGAAAUUAAAAACAGGCGAGCGUCUAAUGUAACUGACUUUCUUUAAGGUAUUGAAGUUUCUUUAAGGUAUCAGUGUAUACACUUCAUUAACAAUCAUCUAAACAAGUAAACGUGGUCACUCAAAUUUUGCUUAGUCAGUUUUUACCAGUUGAACUCGCCGUGAUUCUUAUCUACGAGGUCUUGUUGGACGUUCGUUUAACAAAAGAAAACAACAAAAGACACCGAUGUAAUCUGAUAGUAAAGAAAGAAACGCCAGUACAGGUCAGCGCAGAUGUUUCGUGGCCGUCUUCAAAUAUUUGUUUAUUUGCUGUCGAUAAAGCACCAGAUAAACUAAGAAUUUUGGAAAAAGUAGCAUGUCUCCUUCGCUUGGGAAAACGACGGCGGAAUUUUCAUUUCGGACACUUAUUUAAAGCUUCAAUAAAAAUGAAGGCAUUGUACGAAGUAGUUGCACUCAGUAUUCUGUUUGGUUUGGUCUGUAUAGAAGCCGCUAAGGAUUUAUACUUGUCUUGUAACGAUGCGUGUUUCGAUAAAUUGAAACCACAAAGUGGACUUCAGAUGUGCAACGUCACCAGCGGGUAUCCUGACGAUAAUCGACCAGAUUCUGUACCAAUGCCAAAAGCUUACUGGAAAAAGAAUUGCUCUUGGUACAUAGCGACAUUGGCGAAUGACGAUCGAGUUAUUGCUUUGAACUUAUCUUGGAAAGAACCAGGCCGUAGAAUUGGACACAAAUUUCACCGAGGUUACAGCGUUAACAUUCUACCUGAAGCAUCUAUUGCUAACAGCAACUUCCUGUUCCAAAUAAAGUACCACAAGAAAGAUUUAAACAGGUUUUCCAUGGUGCACAUGAAUUACAAAUGUUACGGACUUAACCCAGAGAACGAAAUUACACCCGGAAAGAACUAUUACAUCAUGCUACGUACACUUCCUAUGCAUAAGGACUACACGGAAACCUUAUAUGACAGAUGUACAGUUUACAUACCAGAUUGUGACGAUAACGCGGAUUUGGAAGACACAAUCAACUGCAAAGGUGAUGAGGAAUAUUAUGAAUAUUACGAAGAUGCUUUCUCAACAACCACAGUAUACACGACGACAAUAACCAAAACCACAUCGCCACCGAUUGUCCAUAGUUGUUGCGGCGGUGUAUUCGUUGCUUCUACUAUUGUUAUCACAAUGAUGUUUUUCCUAUUUGGGAUGACGAUCUAUCUUUGCUUCGUGUUCUUUUGUCGAGCGGCAUCUAAAGAAAACGAACCAGAUAAUAAGACCAAGACCGUGUUAAUGGUAAUGAGUUGCCAUGACAACCAACCAUCAAAAGUACAAGCGGCUGAUCGGUUAGCUGAUUGCCUCAACAGAGUUGGAAUGGACGUCACGUUCAGUUUGUGGAAAAUGACAGAAAUAACUCCGAUCGGAGCAAGUCGGUGGAUAUGUAAUAAUAUUGCUUCGUAUGAUCAUGUUGUCAUCUUGUUUUCCAGUCAUAAGCAAAGUAACAGGGACUCCGAUUUGACCGACAGCGACCUUUAUCCAGUUGUUUAUAACAUGAUACGGAAUGGAAAGUUAAAAGAUUUUUCGUUUGUUAGUUUAAUGCCUUCUGAAAAGAAAAUUUAUUCAUUUUUCGUUCAGCCUCGCCUCUAUUUCAUUCCGAACGAGUUUAUAGGACUUGUUAGAAAUAUAUCCAACAGGUUUAACAAUCAGAGAAUUCUAAGAUCACACAAGAUCUUGUUAAAGGCUUUGAAAGAAAUUGAAUACAGCAAUCAGUUAAUGGUGUUGUAAGCACUUCGUAAAAUAUUCAAAAUGCGCUUAUUUUGUUGUCGCUGUAAUAUAAUUGACUUGCAAUUAUAUUUUUUUGUAAAAAUUCAUUAAUUUUCAAAAUAUAAGUGUUCUCUCCGCA